ACCGCUCGCCACCGGAUGGACCGACCAUGAACAACCUGCUCAGGACUCUCACCGCGAGCCAGGUCAAGUCCUCAUUACCGGAAUCCGAGCUCAAGUUACUUCUAAGCGCCGUCAAGGAGACCCGGCGAGCGGCCAGCGAUGCCGGAAAGCUCGCGGACGCGUUCUAUGACUCUCUCGAAGGUCUCCUCGUCGACCUCCGGAUGGUCACAAUGGAUAACCGCGACGCGGAGGCGUUCUUAAAGCCCGUGUCCAAGACGGAAGUGCCGGAUUACUAUGACAUUAUCUCCACGCCCAUGGACCUCCAGACGAUGCUCAAGAAGGUGAAACAAAGGCAGUACAAGUCCAAGAAGGAGUUUAAGGACGACCUCGACCUCAUAUGGUCCAACUGCUUCACAUAUAACGCGACGGAGGUGAGUGCCGUGUCCGAGGAUCCUACGGCCAUAAAUACGCCCACCUCCCGCGGCACGACCUCUCGGCCCAAUCGUUGGAGUUCACAACGCGGCGCGGCAGAGGUUCACUCCUCGCCGCGCAGGCAAGGCCCGGACAGCCAUGUAUCACGGCAGCCGCAUGGGUUGGCAGAGGCUGCGUCGCUGGACCAUCCGCUUCGCCAGUGCGCGAGCAGGUUAAAAGUGAAGGCCGAAAGACUGCUCAAGAACAUCACUGAUCUCAAGGAACGUGCCGAUCCGGUCAUCCCUGGCGAAGUACGCGUGCGAGGUAUCACUCCCCGGGUGAACGGCGUGACCGUCAACGGUCAUGGCCGCCUCCCUCCUGGCUUGUCUUUUCGGUCCCCGAGUCCCACAAAGCAGUCGGCCCCUUUGCCUGGCCAGUCCCGGAAGAUUCAACGAGACACAACAUUCCCGGAAUCCGCCGCUCUGGUCCGAUCCCCGGCUAUGAUGGCGACGUUCGCGCAACUGGAUAAGGAUGUCGACACAUUCCUGUCCCACCAGCUCUCACCAGGAGCACAUGCGCCUCCGGAAGCGGGAUUGAAGCAGCGCUUGCUUCGAUACGCGGUCAUCGACGACGACGUGGACGGAGCAUCCUUGGUCACUGGAGGGUCGCUCAGCACUAUUGAUGGGGAGAUAGGGAUGAAGCGGAAGUUAAACGGCUUUUCAGACGACCGACCACGCAAACGCGCCCGUACGCAGACCCCCGUGGACAGGGAUGUGGUCGAGCUCUGGUGGGAUGUCAUGCGCUCCGACGACAUGCUCAGCAACGGAUUGCCGACUCUCGUACAUUCUUCUUCCGAUAUGCCUUCAUCCGAACCGCCCUCUGUAAUCACCGACCACGCGCGGCGAAGACGUACUAAGAAGAAACAAGUCAACUCGGAGAACACGAUGUUGUUCCACAUGAACAACAACAUCCGUACGCUGCGGCGAGUGCGUACGACGCACGCGAAGUACUCCUCGCUUAUCCAGAGCGCGGAGGAUAACGGGGGUUUCGCAAUGCCACCCGUUCAAGACAUCGCGGAGGAGUCGGAUGACAUUGUCGACGAUCGACCAUGGAAGCCACCAAGUGCAACCGGGGGUCUCGAGCUUGGCGCUGAGAACGCAGACGACUGUUUGCAUUGGAUGGGUAGCAAGGUUCUUGAGCAUACGGGCUUCCAAGGGGCAUCUAAGCAGGCCUUAGACGUCCUUGCCAGUGUGACGUCUGAGUACUUGUUUAACGUGGGCCGGACAAUCCGUUUCCUGUGUGACAGGUACGGGAACAAGAUGACCCCGGAGGAAAUCAUACUACAUACCCUGUUCGAGAGCGGUAUUACACGCGUUGGCGACCUUGAGCGGUAUAUCAAGGACGACGUCGUCCGAUACGGCGGAAGGCUCGCAGAUAUCGAGAAGAAACUCGCGAAUGUCUACCGGGAAGCGACUACCGAAGAGGCCUGGGAUGAUGACGCCCUCUUCCGCAUGGACAACGAGGAAGAGGACGGCGAGUUUGUCACUGGCAACUUCGCAGAAUCGUUUGGCGAAGACUUCCUCGGUCUCAAAGAGCUCGGUAUCGCCGAGGAGUUUGGCCUCGCCAGCCUCUCUAUACCCAAACGGCUGCUCAAGGGCAAGGUCAAGGGCAUCAAAGAGGAUCCUUUGGCUGCGAAGCCUCACGAACCUCCGCCGCCCUUCCCGCCGCCGCCACCUUUUAUACCCCUCGAUUCCACUAUGGUCGACAACCAGAUCGGCCUCCUCAAACCCUUUUAUCAGACACGCAUAUCCGAGAUAUCCGCGUCUGUUAUCAUGCCCCCUCCUCCACAACCCGCCGGCUUCCCUCCAAGUUUGGGCGGUCCUUUCGCUGCGGUACCUCCCCCUGCCCCAACCGCGUCGCCAACGGAAGUGCCGCUGGUUGUCCUACCAGACGACGCUCCGAGCCCUUCGCACGCGAAGAUCGGGCCCCUCGGGACCGUCAACAAGGCCACCCCCGCCGCCAACGCCGCGAAGAAGAAGAGCAAGGCGAAACCCUCCGGCCCCGCGCCUGGGCCCGCGCCACCCCCUCCACCACAAGACUCGAUGGACGCCGACGCGCAACCAGAUUACCCUGGGGGCCUGCCCCCGCUCAUGGCACGCUCGAGCAGCAGCAACGGGGACGGCGUAAAGAAGGGCAAGGGCGCGGGCUCACCGAGCAAGAAGAAGGCGAAGGUCGCCGCGGACGCGUUCCCGCCGGUGGUCAUGGCGAGCGCGUAGUGGGCGGAUGCGCGUUGGGGGCGUAUGUUGUAUAUUAUUUUGUGGGACAUGCAUAUUUCCGGAACAUCUGUAGCUGUAUCAUUAUUCGUUCUCUGUUGCUAUCGAUUGUGUCCU